UUUCUUGUUGCUCCGCCUUGCCUGACGGUGAGGAGGUGUAAUCACAGACACACCUGUGUGGGAGAGAGAAGGUCUCACUCUUUGUUCGUCUGAAGAAAGAAGCAGAGAAGUGGCUCUGUCUCAUGCCUGACCAGAGCAGGUAACCACAUACACCAUCCAGCUGAGGGUGAUUGAAUGACCAUGAGGAUGAGGCACAAGUUGUCUCGAUUAAAGUUCACCUAUGGACUGAUGACUGGAUUUCUCUGCCUUCGCUUUCUGUUGGACCUGAACAUUUCACAAGAACAGGUCCUAAAUCUUUUGAGGGAUGUGGAGCAUAAUGUCAGUCAGGAAGCAGAAAGUCAACACCAUCAUUAUACGGGUGAGAACAACACCUUAGAAGCAAAUCCAGCUGACACAACACGCAUCUUAUGUUGGAUCAUGACGGGACCCAAGUACAUGGAAUCCCGAACCAAGCACAUCAAAGAAACGUGGGCAAAGCGCUGCAACAAAGUGCUGUACAUGAGCUCGGUCAAGACAGACUUCCCCACUGUGGGGCUAAACGUGAGUGAGGGAAGGGAAAACUUGUACUGGAAGACCAUUCGAGCUUUUCAGUACAUCCAUCAGCACCACAUGGAAGAAGCAGACUGGUUCCUGAAAGCAGAUGAUGACACAUUUAUGGUAGUAGAGAAUCUGCGCUACACGUUGUCCGAAUAUGAUACAGAGAAGCCAUUGUACUUUGGCAGAAGAUUUGCCCCUUUUAUUAGUCAAGGCUACAUGGCUGGAGGAGCAGGUUAUGUCCUUAGUAAGGAAGCACUGAGAAGAUUUAUCAAAGGUUUCAGCUCUGGGAAAUGUACCCACUUCUCCAGCAUCGAGGACAUGGCUUUGGGACAGUGUAUGGAGACCAUGAAGGUGGAACCUGUAGACACCAGAGAUGUGAAGGGAAGACAAACAUUUCAUGCUUACCCACCAGAAAUGCACCUGGUCAGACAAUACCCGAGACCACGACCUUGGUAUUUGCUUUAUGAAUACUACACUCCAUUCGAGGUAAGCAAAGUUGUACACAUAAACAAACCUAAGAAUCUGGGUUUGGGCUGAUCUCAAUAAAUUUCA